UGUUGAGGUAUGAUGGAGUGGGAUAGUAAUUCGGAGUCUGAUCUGAGCAGCGGCGAGGAAGAGGAGGAGGAGGAGGAGGAGAUUGGUGGAGGAUUAGGGUUUAUGUUGAAGAAGAGUGGCGGAGGAGAACUGCCGUUCCCAAUCGACAAGCUUCUGCAACCCGCGCCGUGUGGGUUUGUUGUUACGGAUGCUUUGGAGCCGGACCAUCCCAUUAUUUAUGUCAAUUCCGUAUUCGAGACGAUGACUGGGUAUCGAGCAGAGGAAGUUCUUGGACGCAAUUGCCGCUUUCUGCAGUGCAGAGGCCCAUUUGCCAAGCGAAGACACCCUCUUGUCAACCCCAUAAAAGUUGCUGAAAUAAGAAAAUGCAUGACUGAAGGCACCGAGUUUCAAGGUGAGUUAUUAAAUUUCAGAAAAGAUGGAUUCCCAAUGAUGAACAGAUUGCGCAUGACCCCAAUAUACGGUGACGAUGAAACAAUAACACACAUCAUCGGCAUACAAGUUUUCACAGAGGCAGCUCUUGAUCUUGGCCCACUUCCUAAAUCUUCGGCUUCAUUCAAGGAUUCUUCUAGAGCAUCUGAUAGGUUUAGAUUUAAAAUUUCUCCUAGCGAAGCAGUUUCAGGUGGGGUUUGUGGAAUACUGGAGUUGAGCGACGAAGUACUUGCUCUCAAGAUUCUCUCACGGCUAACUCCAAGAGAUAUUGCAUCUGUCGGAUCAGUUUCUAGACGGCUCUACGAGCUAACGAGGAAUGAAGAUCUCUGGCGAAUGGUCUGUCAAAACGCAUGGGGAAGCGAAACAACUCGGGUACUCGAGACUGUGCCAGGUGCAAAAAGAUUAGGAUGGGGCAGAUUGGCAAGGGAGCUCACUACUCUCGAAGCAGCAGCAUGGAGAAAGCUAACGGUUGGAGGUGCAGUGGAGCCCUCUCGAUGCAACUUCAGUGCAUGUGCUGUGGGAAACCGUGUGGUUCUCUUCGGUGGCGAAGGCGUAAAUAUGCAGCCGAUGAACGAUACCUUUGUGCUGGACCUGAGCUCAUCUAAUCCAGAGUGGCAAAAUUUCAAAGUUGGGUCACCACCCCCCGGUAGGUGGGGCCACACGCUCUCUUGCGUCAACGGUUCGAAUCUUGUCCUGUUCGGAGGUUGCGGUAGACAAGGCUUGCUUAAUGACGUAUUUGUCCUUGACUUGGACGCCAAGCACCCUACGUGGCGCGAGAUUUUCAGCAUGGCCCCACCUCUUCCUAGGUCUUGGCAUAGCUCGUGCACUCUAGACGGGUCUAAACUAGUAGUUUCGGGUGGAUGUGCUGAUUCUGGAGUGCUUUUAAGUGACACUUUCUUGCUCGAUCUGUCUAUGGAAAAACCUGUUUGGAGAGAGAUACCCGUUUCGUGGACCCCACCUUCGCGUUUAGGGCACACACUAUCGGUGUACGGUGGGAGAAAAAUCUUGAUGUUUGGGGGUCUAGCAAAAAGUGGGCCCCUCAGGUUUCGAUCGAGCGAUGUUUUUACAAUGGAUUUGAGUGAGGAGGAGCCUUGUUGGAGAUGUGUGACGGGGAGUGAGAUGCCGGGGGGUGGGAAUCCGGGGGGGGUGUCCCCCCCUCCAAGACUGGACCAUGUGGCGGUAAGCUUACCUGGGGGUAGGAUACUGGUGUUUGGCGGUUCUGUGGCAGGGCUGCACUCGGCUUCGCAGCUGUAUAUACUCGAUCCGACGGAGGAGAAGCCGACGUGGAGGAUAUUGAAUGUGCCGGGGAGACCUCCUAGGUUUGCGUGGGGGCAUAGUACGUGUAUUGUUGGAGGGACUAGGGCUAUUGUUCUUGGAGGGCAAACUGGGGAAGAGUGGAUGCUCGGUGAGAUUCAUGAACUAUCUUUGGCAAGUUCGAUUAUAUAAUUGCGGAAAUGCUUGAUCUGCACAGGUGAAGUGGUAUUUAAUUUUGUUGUAAUGCUCUUGUGGGAAUUCUGCUAAUCUCUCUCUCUCUCUCUCUCUCUCUCUAGGAUGUUAGAUUUGGUAGAGGAAUUGUAGGGUAUUAUGAUUAUUAUAUAUAUAUACAGUUUAGUUGCAUCAGGUUUGUGGUGUGUUUGUGGUUCAGGUUCUGUAAGUUGAAACUUGAGAAACACAGCAGGAAAAAAGAAAAGGAGAGAAAAGUAUUGAGAUGUGUGUGUGUAUGGUUUAUCUUUAAUUUAUUCUGUUUAAUAAUUGAUGCAGUUGCUUGUUGGAAUGU